AUUCUGAAAGGUUGGAGGUGGAAGUUUUAUUGUUUUUGCUGUGGGGUCAAACUCUCUGAGACUUUUAGUUAAAGCUGACCUUUAACCUCAGACAUGAUCCUCCACUCUACUGCUACAGACAUGUAGGACAGUUUAGGCGGACAUUUUACCGUAAAGUGUUAAAUUUGGAGUGAAAAUGCUGCUCUGACUCCUGCUGCCGUCUGAUUGGCUGAGUUAACCAUCGGCUCACGGAGUGCCUGGUGUGUCCUCUCUCCUGGUGCAGCUGUAUAUUUACAGGUGCAGCUCCGCUAUGACUAAGAGAAGCACGUCUCUGCAGCUUGUCAAAAGGAUGCUGAACCAUCACUGCAGAAGGAACCCCGAGCUUCAUGAGGAGCUGCAGAUCCAGGCCGCCGUGGCGGCGGGGGAUGUCUGCACCGUCCGGAGGAUGCUGGAGCAAGGAUACUCGCCGAAGAUCAGGGACGCCAACGGCUGGACGCUGCUGCACUUCUCUGCUGCCAAAGGGAAGGAGAGAUGUGUGCGAGUCUUCCUGGAGCACGGAGCCGACCCCACCGUGAAGGACUUCAUUGGCGGCUUCACGGCACUUCACUACGCCGCCAUGCACGGCCGAGCACGCAUCGCCCGCCUCAUGCUGGAGUCGGAGUACCGCAGUGACAUUAUAAACGCUAAGAGCAACGACGGCUGGACGCCGCUGCAUGUGGCGGCCCACUACGGCCGGGACUCGUUCGUUCGCCUCCUCCUCGAGUUCAGGGCCGAGGUGGACCCGCUGAGCGACAAAGGCACCACGCCGCUGCAGCUGGCCAUCAUCCGCGAGCGCUCCAGCUGCGUGCGCAUCCUGCUGGACCACAGCGCCAACAUUGACAUUCAGAACGGCUUCCUGCUGCGCUACGCCGUCAUCAAGGGCAACCACUCGUACUGCCGCAUGUUUCUGCAGAGAGGGGCGGACACCAACCUGGGGCGCCUCGAGGACGGUCAGACCCCCCUGCACCUGUCGGCCCUCAGGGACGACGUGCUGUGCGCCCAGAUGCUCUACAUGUACGGGGCGGAUACCAACACCAGGAACUACGAGGGCCAGACGCCGGUGGCCGUGUCCGUCAGCAUGUCCGGGAUCAGCCGGCCGUGUCUGGACUUUCUACAGGAAGUCACCAGACAACCUCGGACCCUCCAGGACCUGUGUCGAAUAAAAAUCCGUCACUGCAUCGGCCUGCAGAGCUUGAAACUCCUGGAGGAUCUACCCAUCGCCAAGGUUAUGAAAGACUAUUUAAAACACAAGUUUGACAACGUGUGACCCAGAACACCAGGACUCUGAGCUGUCGUAUUUAAAGACUAUGCAAUAACGCCGCCCUUCGUUUGGACCGGAGGUGUCUGUGUACGAGCCGACGUCCACGCCGUUGAUCCGGUUCAACACGUCUGAGACUUUUUGAUUUAGAAACCGCUGCUGAAGGAGUCCGGAUCACAGCACCUCUGGAAAAGCUCACUGAACACAGCAUCACGAGUACAGAACAUACGAGCAUGGAGCUCUCCUCUCUGGAAUAUUGACAUAAAUUACUCCCUGAUUUGUCAAAUUUAAAUCCUGAAAUAGCCUAAAGACUUACGCAGAGGUCCGUGACUAAGGGUUAACACGAGGCGAGCUACAGUGAUGAUUUAGGGUCGAUCGGCCUAAAAAGACAGGAAGCUUUGGAUAGGGCUGUUCUCCUUCAUGUUGUCAUAAAUAUCCUCUUUAAGGACACUGAUUGGCUGUUUAGACCCCUGGUUCUCUGCUGGUCUGGCAUCAGGACCUGACACCACCCCAUAACCAGAAAUCUCGACCCAAAAUGUUCAACAACUCGAUCUCAUUUCAUUAAGAAGUGUACAGAUUAGACCCUAAAUAGAAGAAAAUAUGUUUAAACAUAGAGACAGGUAAGAAGGCAUGUUAACAAGGUGCACCAUUAUAGAGAGACCUGACAUUUUACUCCUUUUCUCAAGACAGCAUGGAGAAUUGGUAAUUUAUGAGGAAAGUACUAGUAAUCUUUGGAAGGCCAAGGGAAAAAAGCAAUAAAUAAGUUUAAAUCUGGAGAAAAUGCUGGUUAUCACAGGAAACCCUUAAACAUGGUCUGUCUGCCCACUACAGGAGUUUUUACAUCAGACACUUUUUGACACAUUUUUUUCUUUCAUACGUUCACGACCCACUAGAAACUGCUUCAAGACCCACUUUUGGGCCCUGAACCACUAGUUGAGAACCACUAACUUAGACAAUAAACAUUGUAGGGUAUUUAUGUCUAAUGUUUAAACAUUUUUAACAUGAACAUAUUUUGGAUAUGUUGGUUUGCAAAUGUCCUUAAACAUCUGCCUUUCCCUCUUAUUCAGCUAUGAUGCCAUUAAACACCCUUUUUCAU